GGUGACUCUCGCUCUCUACCUCGCUCCCCCGCCCCAUGACGAAACUGACGUCCACACUUCCUCUCUCUCCUCUCCCGGCCAACCGUGUAUCGUGAUAAUUGUCCAUGGGCUCUGCAACUGACCGCCGUCGUACUACAGACAUUCGCAAAGACGACUCAGCGCUGCAUCACAGCUCAGAAGCCGGAAAGACAUCGUCGCCGCGUUCAGAUCCUAAAGCCAAACAAUCUUCUGAUCUCAAGGACAGUCAAGCCGGCAAGGAUUCCGGCAAUGCUGACGCAUCCCAACCCCUCGCUCCACCACCUCGACCUGCACAACAGAAUCCAUCGGACACGCCUGAUUACUUCUCGGGCAACCACAGCAGUAAUCACUUCUCCCUCGAACCUAAUCCCUUUGAACAAUCCUUUGGUAAUCCGGCGGCGGAGACCCCAGGGAAGUCGCUCCUUCCACCUGUCGCGGCGCUCGCGUCCCCGGCAUCACUUCUUCCUGGACCUUCCUCGGGAGGAGGGUUUGCUUGGCCAAAUUCUCUACGAUCAGGGCCCUUGAGCCCGGCCAUGCUCACCGGUCCAACCGGUGGCAGUGAUUACUUUAGCGACUCCCAUUUGCGUGGCGGCUUCCCUACGCCCAACGAAUCAUCUCUUCGCACUGGACUGACGCCCGGUGGGGGAGGGUCCAUGUUCCCCGCGCCAAGUCCCAACUCGCAGGCCCUCUUCAAUCAGUUUGCCAGCGGUGGCGCAACUCCAGGGACUUUGGAUUUUCACCGCACGGCGAUGAAUGUUGCAGCCUCGCGGAAAUCGGAAAGUGCUGCUCCUACGUCUCAACCACAGGAUCAAGGCGUACCCAUGGCCGGUGUAGAUCAGAAGCCGGCUACGGCCCAAAUGGGCCAGCAAGAUCCCUUUGGCCAACAUGAUGCAAAUGAUGCCGCCAAUGGUUUGUUCUUGCUCGCUCAGGCCCGCAACGGGCCCACGGAAAAUCAAUACGCAAUGGCUGGGAAGCCGACGGCGGCUCCCGACGCCGGCAAUAUGGGCCAGAUGCCCAAGAUGGCUGCGCAUUCGCAGUCAGGGUCCCCCCACCUCGCCAAACAGGUUGCGCGAAAUGCCAGCGUGUCCGGCUCUGUUCGGGGUGCAAGCGAAAUGAGUGCCGAAUUCUCAGAUAGCGGCAAGAGUGACCAGGCGAAAGCCAACACUACGGCCAAAGGAAAGAAGGGGCCAAAUGCGAAGGGAGGCCAAGCUGCCAAUGGACGGCGCAAAGCUGAAGAUACCCCGAGCAAGGCCCCUCCGAACAAGAAGGCCAAGGUCAACAAUCAUCCUAUUCCCGACAUGGACGCCAUGGAUUCGGACGAUGAUGACAGCAUUAAGCUCGAAAACAACAAGGAGAACUCCGGUAAGAAAAUGACUGACGAGGAAAAGAGGAAGAAUUUCCUGGAGAGAAAUCGGGUUGCUGCAUUGAAAUGCCGUCAGCGGAAGAAGCAAUGGCUUGCCAAUUUGCAGGCCAAGGUCGAAAUCUUCAGUAGUGAAAACGACGCGCUAAGCGCUCAAGUGACCCAAUUGCGGGAGGAGAUUGUCAAUCUGAAGACACUACUUCUUGCUCACAAGGACUGUCCCGUGUCUCAGGCUCAGGGUCUGAGUGGCCUGGCGAUGAACAGCCUCGUUGGCGACUUCAACCCUCAUGCAAACCCCUAUGGCAUGGCAAUGGCCAACGGAGGUCAAAUGAUGGCUGGUCCCGGCAUGCAGAGGCGAUAGACCAAUUGGUACUUCGUAUUCUCCAACAAGGAGAAGUUGCAGCUUGCAGUCUUUGGGUUUCUCCAUGUUGCUCUUGAUGAUGCACUGGCGUGACUGCAUACACCUUUUGGUUACUUUCGCAUUCUCUUUCCUUUCUUCUGGCCCAAUGACUUAUUCUCAUAAUUUUCUUUUCCCCUUCUCUAUUGGUCGGGGAUAGACCCAACCUUAUGUAGGGGAAAUUGAUAUGGGAAAGAAUCUGUCAGAGGGGUUUUUCCUUGGUGCCUUGAACCUUUCUGUGUCACAAAAUCAGCUAAAUCGCAUCAUUGGGAGGAGCAUCUGGGAUCAUUUACGGGGGCAGGCAGGCGCACAAA